AUGAGACUGGCCUUACACCGCUCCCUCAUCACCACCCUCAGACUCUAUCUCCUCUCUCCCCACUCCAUCCGCCCCAUAUCCUCCACCACCCCCCAACCCCUCCCUCCACCACCCCCAUCCCACCCCAACCCAAGAACCCUCACCCCUCACGAUAAACAAUUCAACUCCUGGCUCGACAACCUCAAACCCGGCUUCACCCCGUCCGACGUCGACGCCGCCCUCAAAUCCCAACCCGACCCGGACCUCGCACUCGACAUCUUCCGCUGGACCGCCCAGCAACGCGGCUACAAGCACACCGACCUCACCUACUUCACCAUCAUCCAGAUCUCCGUCAAAUGCAAGCGAUUCGGCCACGCCCAGACCCUCAUCGACGAAGUCCUCGCUGGAGCCUGCCCCCCCUCCGCCCCACUCUACAACUCCAUCAUUCGCUUCUGCUGCGCCCGCAGGUUCCUCUUUAACCGCGCUUUCGACUUUUACAAGAAAAUGCUGAAAUCCGAUGAGGCUAAACCCUCCUUAGAAACCUACACCUUGUUGUUCAAUUCUCUUCUUAGGAGAUUCAAUAAGUUGAAUGUUUGUUAUGUUUAUUUACACGCCGUUCGGUCCUUGACUAAGCAAAUGAAGGCGUCCGGUGUGAUUCCGGAUGCGUUUGUGUUGAACAUGAUUGUAAAGGCGUAUUCUAAGUGUCUGGAAGUUGAUGAGGCGAUUCGGGUUUUCCACGAGAUGGGGUUGUAUGGGUGCGAGCCGAAUGCGUACACGUAUAGUUAUAUAGUCAAGGGGUUGUGUGAGAAGGGGAGGGUGAGCCAGGGUUUGGGAUUUUAUAAGGAGAUGAAGGGUAAGAAUUUGGUGCCGAAGAAUAGUGCAUAUAUGAUUUUGAUUUGUAGCCUUGCGAUGGAAAGGAGGUUUGAAGGUGCGAUUGAGAUUGUUUUCGACAUGUUGGGUAAUUCUCUGGCUCCUGAUUUGUUGACAUAUAAAACUGUGUUGGAAGGGCUGUGCAGGGAAGGAAGAGGUAAUGAUGCUUUUGAACUGCUUGAAGUACUGAAAAAGAGGGAUAAAAUGAUGAAUGAGAAGACUUACAAGACGUUGUUGAAUGGACUUAUUUUGUAAGUCGAGAGUAGUCAUCUAACUUUGUUUCUCAAUUUUGGCCUUAAUGCUUAGAUGUAUCUCAUUUGAUUCUAGUGCCCCAUUCAAGUUCAACUGCAUUACUUGGAGCAAAGCGAGACAUUAGCGCUGGUAAGUCAAUUUGGGAAGUUUGAUCACUUUGAACUGACUGAUACAUACCUCCACAAGUCUUGAAGGUUCUAGUGUCUGAAUCAUCUCCCCGAUCCAUGAAAUUGUAGAAUCAUUAAGAUUGCACAUGAUGAAAUUGCUGCUAAAAUGUGAACAUAUGUCUGCCCAGAAUCUGGAACUUUUGAGUAAGUUGUUGGGGUUUAAAGGCUGAUGUUUAGCAUAAUAGUUGCCUCCGAUCCCAACUCCAACAACAGUAUUGGCAAUUGAAGGUUGUUACGAAGCAUUGUAGGCAAAGUUGGUUUGCCCCAUGGAGUUUGACCCUUUCUUUCCAUUGCUUAACCGAUGAAGUGGCAUCAAACUGCCUUCAACAGUGAUGUUGUUCUUGAUUUUUCUACGUUGUGUUGGUAACGCUAUGAUGGUAGACUCUGUUGGUAUCAGCUGUUGGGAUCUUGAAAAGCAGAAUGGGCAUUAUUAACUUGUGAUUUUUCUUUCUGACCAGAACCAUGAAGAUGGGGUUGAAUGAGCAGAAUGUCUACUAUCGGCAAAAUGGACAUUUUUAUUCCUUUUUGAAUUGUAUUUGGUAUACACAAGUUAUUGUUUGCUAUAAGGAAGUUGUUGCAGUCUUGGUCAACAUUGACUGAUGCAAAGUGCAAUGCAGUAAGGUAGUUGUGUUGAAAAAUUGGGUUCAAUUGCGAUGAGCCUGUUGCAUGUCCCGGCAAUUGGUGAACUUUUCAAUCAAAUUUGGGUUCUCUGUAAGUACAGGUACGUCUUUUCUGGGUUUUCUCUUGGGUGAACUUGAUACUUCUAGGCAUUUUUCCUCAUUCAGUGUGCAUGUAAGCCAAACCUUCGCUAUUUUUGCUGUAAACCACAAUCUCUAUGAAUAAAAUUGUGGUUAUCAUGUUUGUUUCAAA